CUUUGCUGUCUAGUGGUAUCGUCGCGCUCGAUUCCAAUCUGCUAUGUGCUACCAUCGACUAGAAGUCUAGAACAACACUCACUAAUAUCUUGUAAAAUCCAAUUACGCCUCUUGCUUGUUCGCAUAAAACAAAGCCACUCUUCUCUAUUUCUUGUUUAGCGCAACCACUUGAGUCCAGCAAAUUAAAGAGCUCGCUGUUGCGUUUAGUCCAUGAUCGAUCGAUCAAUGGCUGCCGCUACCAUCGUCUUCCUCCCGUGCUGGGAAUCCGGCCACUUCAUGUCCAUGGUCGCGGCCGGCAAGCGGAUGCUCGACGCCAGCGGUGGCGCCCUCUCCCUGACCGUGCUGGUCAUGCAGGCGCCCACGGCAGCCAAGGCGUCCGAGGUCGCCGGCCACGUACGCCGUGAGGCGGCGUCCGGCCUCGACAUCCGCUUCCAGAACCUCCCCGCCGUCGAGCCGCCGACCGGCUACGCCGCCCCCGAGGAGUUCAACUUCAGGUACACCCAGCUCCACGCGCCCCACGUCGAGGAGGCCGUAGCUGGGCUGGCGUCUCCCGUUGCCGCGAUCGUCGUGGACCUCUUCUGCACGCCUCUGCUCGACGCGGCCGGCGAGCUCGCCGUGCCCCGGUACGUGUACUUCGCCUCCACGGGCGCGUUCCUCGCGCUCAUGCUGCGCCUGCCGGCGUUCCGCGAGGAGCUCACCGCCAGGCCGGAAGGCGCGGUGCAUGUGCCGGGCUUGCCGCCGGUGCCGCUGCCCUACAUGCCGGCGUGCCUGUCGGGGGACAAGAUCAGCAACUACGAGUGGUUCGCGGACUACGGGCGCCGCUUCAUGGACGCCAGCGGCAUCAUCAUCAACUCCUCGAUCGAGCUCGAGCGCGGGGUCCUCGCCGCGAUCGCGGACGGCCGCUGCGUGCCGGGCCGGCCUGUUCCGACGGUCCACGCCAUCGGCCCAGUGAUCUGGUUCGCCGAGCGAGAGCAGCAGCAGCCGCACGUGUGCGUCCGGUGGCUGGACACGCAGCCGCCAGCCUCGGUCGUGUUCCUCUGCUUCGGGAGCAAGGGGUUCGUCGACAGGGCGCAGGUCGGGGAGGUCGCCGCCGGCCUGGAGCGCGGCGGCCAUCGCUUCCUCUGGGUGCUGCGGGGGCCGCCGGCCGCCGGGUCCAGCCACCCGACGGACGCCGACCUGGACGCGAUGCUCCCCGGCGGGUUCCUGACGAGGACCCAGGGGCGCGGGCUCGUGUGGCCGGCGUGGGCGCCGCAGAAGGAGGUCCUGGCGCACCCGGCCGUCGGCGGCUUCGUUACCCACUGCGGGUGGAACUCGACCCUGGAGAGCCUGUGGUUCGGCGUGCCGAUGGUGCCGUGGCCGCUGUACGGCGAGCAGCACCUGAACGCGUUCGAGCUCGUGAUGGCCAUGGGCGUCGCCGUCCCGAUGAAGAGCAUGGACGGGAGCAAGGUGGAGCCCUUCGUGGCGGCGGCGGAGCUGGAGCAGGCGGUGCGGGGCCUGAUGGGCGGGACGGAGGAGGGGAGGAAGGCGAGGGAGAAGGCCGCGGGCUUGAAGGCCGCGUGCCGGAAGGCCGUCGCGGAGGGCGGGUCAUCGCACGCCGCGCUCCGGAAGCUCGUGAGCGAGAUCUCAUCCGGCGGAGGGGCGCCGCCACCGUGACGGCCGGCUGGGCUAUGCGCCAUGAUCAGCUUAUUGCAUUGUGUGCGAUGCAAUGGCAUGAUGGCGUGUUUAAUUUGCCGUGUUAAUCGAGAGAGUUUGUAAUAGUUUGCGAGCCAUGUGUAUGAUGGCGCCCCCUGUACAGCUGAAUGGCCGUUGCGGAUGAUGGCGCUAGGAUCCCAUCUAACGUGCACUCGGGAAAUAAUGCAUGCCGGUACGGAAAAAGAA